AUGAUUCUGCUACUGUGGUGGGGUCUCGAAGUGUCAUGUGAUAAUAGUUCAAAUACUUCAUACUUUCCUCCUGAUGUGAAAAUAUGUAGCGCAAAAGAUCCAAAACUCGAUGAAUGUUUCACCAACUCAGCAAAUAAAAUGUUGAAACACCUUGCUCAUGGUAUACGCCAUCUGAAUGCAGUUCCAAUGGAUCCCCUCCAUCUUCCAAUAUUGAGCUUGGAACGGAAUAACCCCAUCUUUCCGUCCUUGGCUUUCAAUAUUACUAAUACAGUGCACAGAGGCUGGAAGGAUGUCGUUAUGUUGCGUUCCAAGUAA